AUGGGGGGCAGAGGCGGAGGACGGGGAUUCGGCGGUCGCUCCCCCGGAGGCAGGGGCGGUUUCGGCGGCAGAGGCGGCCGAGGCGGCCGCGGCGGCUUCGAUGAGGGCCCUCCCGACACCGUCAUCGAGGUUGGCGAGUUCAUCCACGCGUGCGAGGGCGAAGCCGUGUGCAAGCUCACGAACCCCAAGGUCCCUUACUUCAACGGGCCGAUCUUCCUCGAGAACAAGACGCAGGUUGGCAAGGUUGAGGAGAUCUUCGGCCCCAUCAACGCAUCCAUGUUCACCAUCAAGAUGGCCGAGGGAGUCGUGGCGUCGAGCUACUCCAAGGGCGACAAGUUCCACAUCUCGCCGGAUAAGCUGCUCCCGAUGGAACGCUUCCUCGGCGGCGGCGGCGGCGGCGGAGGAGGCAGGGGCGGCGGCCGGGGGGGCCGCGGCGGUAGAGGCGGCGGCAGGGGCGGCGGCCGCGGCGGCGGUCGCGGCGGCGGUCGCGGCGGCGGUCGCUUCGGCGGCGGCGGCAGGGGCGGCGGGCGUUCGUUCGGCGGCGGCGGCCGCGGGCGCGGGCGUGGCCGCGGAUAA